AUGGGCGCGGGCACCACGGGGUCCGACGACGCCGAGGCGCUGGACGCAGUGAUGGGCACGCUGCUGGCCGUACUGGUGCUGGUGGUGGUCAAGGCGGCCGUGGACGUGCUGCGGCGGCGGCGAGCGCACGCGACCGUCCUGGUGGUGGGCGCAGGGCCGGUGGGGCUGACCGCGGCUCUCGUCGCUGUCCGCUCGAGCCGGGUGCUGAAGCUGACCGUGCUGGACGCGUGCGCGCGGGGUCCGCUGCUGGGGCGCCCGCAGCAGAUUGCGCUGGACCCCCGCAGCGUCCGCUUCCUCCAGCCGCUGGGAGUGGACUUCGACAACAUGGAAGGCUGCUGGCGCAAUGGCCAAUUCUUCACCCGGGUCGGCGUCUUCCAGGAGCACCUGCUCAGCCUCCUGGAGAGGAAGGGCCAGCUGCCUGGCUUUCGUCUUAUUCUGGGCACCAAGUUUACAGAUGACUUCAUGAGAAAGGUGGUAGUGCCAGACUGGCCCAAAAUCAUUGUAGUGGCUGAUGGCUCCCAUGGGGAGACCUGCUCUGUUCUGGGGCUCAGUCCAGAUUAUGUAGUGGAAUCCUGCAAUGCUUACGGAGCUAACGCCACCAUCACGAGACUGGACCAGAGACAGGUGCCCACACCAGAAAUCCGAGCCCACAACCUCUACCUCGAUCUCUCUGCUUAUGGGAUCGAGUUCACUUCUGCAACAAAGGAAUCCCCAAUCUCGCAUCAGGCAGUCAAACAGCCAGGUUUCCACCUGAAAAUCUACGGAACCUUCCGCCAUCGAUAUAUCGCUUUGGCAUGUCCAGCUUCUGAUUCCAAAGUUGUUAGAUUUCUCCGUCAUACUGUCAGCUCCUCAGUCAUGAAGACCAUCUUCCACCAAGCGUUCAACGCCUACAAGAUGGACAUCGAGCCCCGCGUGAGGGACGCCGCCAUGUCCCGGGUGCAGUGCAGCAGAAGGCUGUUUGAGAUCACGCUGUCCCACCGGCGGGCCACAGCUGCCUACAUCCAGGGCAUAGGCAGGGUAGUCACUGUGGAGGGAGAGGCAGCUCGAGUGCUCAACUUUGACACGGGAUCUGGGGUGAAUCUUGGGCUCCAGGGCCUGGAGUCUUUGGAAGAAUUCAUUGGCAAGAUCGCGACAGCUGUGGAUCAGAGCGACAUCUUGGAAGCUUUGGCUGCCAAAAUAAGACACUCUAAACAGGUGGUUGAAGACUUUAAACAGAAUGGACUCCUCACGACAAUUUUCAAGUGACUGGGGGCGACACGACUGCCCCCCCCAGAGGGUGACUCUUCUCCCUGCAGGGCAGAAAGGAGCUAGGAAUGAAGUUAGGCUGAAAUAGAAUUUCGUGAGUGUUGGCAAGUUAGCAAUUAUACACGAAAGCUACAUCGAAGCUUGGGGCCUUUAUAUAUAAAUUAAACAAGUGAAGUUUCCAAACUCAACGGUCUAAUUUCCAGAAGUCGCUGCAAUAGAUGUGAUGUGCUCAGCAGGGGAGAGUGCCUACCUCUGGCCCAGGAGAAAAUGUGCAUUAUUACUUCUGAGAAUUUUCAGAAUAAAACAGAAUCACUCUCUCCUUCUGAUGCUUCAGGGAAUCAGUUCUUAGCCUAUUAUGGCUGUAAAGGUUUACAAGUUACCCAGUUUAGGGGACCCUAAUCUUUUAGAUUUCAUGCAAUAGAGAAAGGCUUUGGUUUAUCGUUCGUUUUUAUUGUUAUUUGUGCAUUUUUUUUAGUGAGGUACAUAAUACUGAGAUUAUCAACUUUAUAAUUGUGUCACAAAAGGGUGUUUUAAAAAUGAAACAGGCAAACAAAAAAACAUCCUGUUGUCACUAUCUUUUCAUAAAAGAUAAGAUUUUAUUUAUUUUUUGGGGUGAGGAAGAUUUGCCCUGAGCUGACAUCCAUUGCCAAUCUUCCUCUUUUUUUUCUUUGCUUGAGGAAGUCCAGCCUCAAGCCAA